AUGGCUCCACUAACCUCGAAGCUAUGCUGGAGAUCAUGUUGCCAUCGCCAGCCGGAGGACGCCUCCUGCGCCAGUACCGUCCUGAGAGUUGCCCCAGGCACCGCCGCCGGCCCCUCGCGGUCGCUGUCCAUGAAGCAUGAACCGCAUGGUACGGUGCUCCUGCCCGCGCGUCAACUGGUCUUGCUCAGGCAGGACCACGAAUACCACGACGCCGAUGAGCACACGUACCGCGCGCUUGCCGGCGAAGAUGAUGUUGGGGAAUCUCGCGAGCCGCCCGCCGGGGGAGGCCAGCUUACGGAAGUCCCUGAGCUUGGCGCGGAUGGAGGCUUCCGCUAG